AACUUCUGUUUCUGACCUAAGAAGUACAAGUGAAUGUAUUUUUUUUAUUGUUUUAUUGUUGCAAAAGAAGGAUGAUUUGAUGUAUCUCUACACCUGCGAGGGGGUGGCAGCUUUCCCAUGUACCAGACAUUAACUGAGAAAUGUAUGUAGCUUUCCAAGGGAGUUCAUUUAGCUGAGUAAGCUUGUACCUUCACUGAUCAGUAUAUAAAUGGGAAGCAGUCUGAAGGCUAGGGACACAGCCCAUUACAAAUGAAAAAGAAAAGCAUCUCAAAAUAAGCUCUACUGGAUGGAUAAUGAAGGUUUUCUACCCAGUGCUAAAAUGGAGAGUAACUGUGUCUCCUCUAUCCUGCACAAAAUCUUUCUGCUAUGUUUGAUGCCCAUCAGCAGCCUCAAACAACUCCAUUUUGGACACUGUGUGGUUUCUAUGGAUAUGUAUGAAAUACGAAAGGGCUUUGGAGAAAUCAAAGAAAUGACUCAGGCUCAAGACCAGUACACAAGCAUUAGACUCCUACACAGGUCAUAUUCUCUUCAAAACACCAAGAUUGAAGACAGAUGUUGUUUCUUUCAUUAUUUAUUGAAAUUCUAUCUGGCAAAUGUCUUCAAUCAAUGCCAAACAAACAACAACUUUCAUCAAAGGAGAGUCAGCCGGAUUGCCAACAACUUCCUCAGCAUCAAGAAGGAGCUGACACUCUGUGAUACUGUUACAACAUGCCCUUGUGGGAAGGAAGCCAUCCACAGAUACGAACAAAUCCUGAGUCAGUUUGAAAGGAUGGAAUCCCAUUCUGCAGUCCUGAAAGCACUUGGAGAACUAGACAUCCUUUUAGAUUGGAUUGAUAAGACUUACUGAAUAGAAAAGCACAGGCACAAGAAUGGGCAUUACAGCAGAACUGAAUCAAACUUGUACCUAGAAUUUGCACCUAGAACUUCCUGCAAGACUACUGAUGCUGAAUUUCUGCUGAAUAUUCAGUGCCAGAUAUUUCAUGAUGACAUUUGACAUCUGAAAGUACUUCCUAUUGGAUAUCCAAUAUUGCAUAAUUAAC